AUGCUCCGGCUAAGCAACGCAGCCGUAAUAACAACGAACGCAAUACUCGCAUUGAUCGGCCUCGCCACAUUAUGCUUCUCUGUCUACGUCUUCAUUGAAGGGCCAUCACAGUGUCAACGCUUCAUUCAAAAUCCUCUCAUCGUAACAGCGACUCUCCUCUUCUUCAUCUCCUCCUUAGGCCUCAUCGCCGCUCUCUACAGUAGCCACGUCAUCAUCACGCUUUACCUCUUCUUCCUCUUCCUCUCUAUUCUUGUCCUCCUCGUCCUCUCCAUCUUCAUCUUCCUCGUCACCAAUCCUUUCGCCGGAAAAGCGUUUUCCGGCAAGGGAAUAGGUAAUGCCAAGACCGGUGAUCUCCAGAACUGGAUCGGGAACCAUUUCCUUCAAGGCAAGAAUUGGGAAGGGAUCAAAAGAUGCAUGUCCGAUUCUAGUAUUUGUAGGUUUGGUCCACGUGACGUUGACUUUGACGCCAAACAUCUCUCGUAUGUAAAGUUCGGAUGUUGUCGACCUCCCGUAGAAUGUGGCUUCGAAUCAAAGAAUGCCACGUGGUGGACAGUUCCGGCAACGUCGACGGGAGCGAUCAAAGGGGACUGUAAAACGUGGAGUAACACGCAGAGCCAAUUGUGUUAUGCGUGCGAGUCGUGCAAGAUUGGAGUAUUCAAAGGGAUAAGAAAAAGAUGGAGGAUUCUCCUCGUCUUCAACCUCCUUCUUAUCCUUCUCGUCGUUCUUCUUUACUCAUGUGGCUGCUGUGUCAGAAACAACAAUCGGGUUCCAUGGAAGCGCCGCUUCUUCUAA